AUGGCGCGAAAGACGUAUAUGGGUAUGAGCGGCCAUACCCUUAACUGGGCAAUUAGCACGAUUGCAGGAUGUGAUUUUCUGCUAUUUGGUUAUGACCAGGGUGUCAUGGGCGGUAUUCUGACGCUUCCCAUUUUUCUCGAGCAAUUCCCUGAGAUCAACGACCUUGCCGAUACCCCUCAUAUGGAUCAGCUUCCCGGUACUAGAUCGCAGCGCAGCUUGAACCAAGGUAUCGCUAUCGCCUCCUAUAACCUGGGAUGUUUUCUCGGCGCAGUCAUCACCAUUUUUAUCGGAAACCCUCUUGGUCGUCGCCGCAUGAUCUUCCUCGGUACCGCCAUCAUGACCAUAGGCGCAGCUCUCCAGGCCUCUGCAUUCACUCUCGAGCACUUCAUCAUCGGUCGCAUCAUUACUGGCAUUGGCAACGGCGGCAACACCUCAACUGUUCCCAUGUGGCAAUCGGAGACCUGCUCAUCGCACAAGCGUGGUAAGCUAGUCAUGAUUGAGGGUGCUCUGAUUACUUUUGGUAUCAUGCUCUCCUAUUGGAUUGAUCUAGGCCUCUCCUUUACCCAUAGCUCCGUAUCUUGGCGAUUCCCUCUGGCCUUUCAGCUGGUAUUCUGCGUCUUCAUUCUCGCGUUCGUGCUGGGUCUUCCAGAAUCCCCUCGUUGGUUGAUUCUGAAGGGUAACGAAGAAGAAGCUCGAUUUGUUAUCGCAGCCAUCGCUGACAAGGAUGUUGAAGAUCCUUAUGUUGAAAAUGAGUUUCGUGCCAUCAAAGAUACCGCUGAAAAGAGCAGUGGCGGCUACGCUGAGGUUUUCCACAUGGACCAGAAUCGUACUCUGCACCGUACCAUCCUAGGUUAUGUCAACCAAAUGUUCCAGCAAAUCUCUGGUAUCAACCUCAUCACCUACUACGCCGCCAAGAUUUACGCCGACCUCGGCAUGAGUCCAUUUCUUGCUCGUUUGCUGGCUGCCCUGAACGGUACCGAGUACUUCAUUGCUUCAUGGCCCGCCGUCUUCCUCGUGGAGCGAGUUGGACGCCGCAAGCUGAUGCUUUUUGGUGCUGUCGGCCAGGCAUGCACAAUGGCUAUUUUAGCCGGUGUCAACUCGCACAAGACUGAUGCUACUCGAAUUGCCGGCGUCGUAUUCCUGUUUGUCUUCAACACUUUCUUUGCUAUCGGCUGGCUUGGUAUGACUUGGCUGUACCCUGCCGAAAUUACUCCCCUCCGUACCCGUGCGCCCGCCAACGCCCUGUCGACGUCUGCCAAUUGGAUCUUCAACUUUAUGGUUGUCAUGAUCACCCCGGUCUCCUUCACCAACAUCGACUACCACACUUACACCAUCUUCGCCGUCAUCAACGCCAUUAUGGUGCCUUCGGUAUACUUCUUCUUCCCCGAGACUGCCUACCGCUCGCUCGAAGAAAUGGACAGCAUCUUCCGCAAGGUCACGGGCCUCAGAGGUGCGUUGGAUGUUGUCAAGGUCGCUCGCGAGACGCCUCACCGCUAUGGCAAGAACGGCGAACUACUCAUUGCUUUCGAGGAGUCUACCGAGAAGGCAGAGGCCGAGCACACCAGCGGCAGCCUGAGCGACAACAACGCCAACCACGCCAACAACACGAUGUUUACCAAGCUGGACGAGGAGACAUCACGCCCUCAGGAAAGGUAA